AUCUGCCAUUUACACCAGGGAAGAAAAUCUUGAGGAGUUCUUGCUUCAACAGUGUUUGAACGGAACUUCUUCCUUCGUCCCGCUUUUUAUUUCAACUACUCUGCAUUCCGGACACAAGCAGCUUUUUCUACUUGAACACUGCUGAUAAAGUCGUCGUAAAGCUCUAUUUUUGUACCGUUUUGUUAAUAAAAAGCUAAACGCCAGCUAAAAUGGAGUCCCAAGUGCGUCAGAACUACCACCGCGAGUGCGAGGCCGCCAUCAACCGGAUGGUCAACAUGGAGCUGUACGCCUCUUACACCUACACUUCUAUGGCCUUUUACUUCUCCCGUGACGAUGUGGCCCUUCCAGGCUUCGCCCAUUUCUUCAAGGAAAACAGUGAUGAGGAGAGGGAGCAUGCUCAGAAGCUGCUGUCCUUCCAGAACAAAAGGGGAGGACGCAUCGUCCUGCAGGACGUCAAGAAACCAGAGCGUGAUGAGUGGGGGAGCGGGCUGGAGGCCAUGCAGUGUGCCCUGCAGCUGGAGAAGAAGGUCAACCAGGCUCUGCUGGACCUGCACAAACUGGCCUCUGACCAUGUAGACCCUCAUCUGUGCGACUUCCUGGAGACCCACUACCUGAACGAGCAGGUGGAGGCCAUCAAGAAGCUGGGCGACCACAUUACCAACCUCACCCGCAUGGACGCCAACACCAACAAGAUGGCAGAGUACCUGUUUGACAAGCACACCCUGGAGGGCAAGAGCUAAACGCAAAGUCCCAGGAUGGAGCCUGGAGUGAAAAUCUUACUGACACGCAGGCUUUAAACUAAACGCAACCUUCUGCUCCAGUUCCUUUAUGAGCAUAAUUUGACAUCGAAUAGUCUUAUCCUCAGUUGAUAUGUUCUGUCGCUGUUUUGUCUAAUAGUGGAUGGAUAUUAGGUUUUGACUUUGCACUCAUUACCUAUAAACCUCCUCAUGACACUUUAACAACUGUGGUUCUGGUCUGAAUAAACAUUUUGAGCUGGA